UUAAUAGUUAGGACGGAAAAUGAAGUCAAUUCUAUUAGCUUUUAUAUAUUUCAUAUACUUUUCUCGUGGCGAGGACGCUGAUAAAUUUCUAUUCGGCCAAUUCCCAAGUGAUUUUCGAUGGGGAGCGUCCACAGCUGCUUAUCAAAUAGAAGGAGGAUGGAACGCAGAUGGUAAAGGUCCUAAUAUUUGGGAUUAUUAUGUGCAACAGCCAGGACAUAUUGCAGACCAUUCUACAGGAGAUAUAGCUUGUGAUAGCUACCGUAAAUAUAGAGAAGAUGUUCAACUGUUGAAAAAAUUAGGGGUAAACACUUACAGAUUCUCUAUAUCAUGGGCCAGAAUUUUACCCACGGGAUCCCAAACCACUAAUCCUGGAGGUAUACAGUAUUACAAAAACCUUAUAGCUGAACUGAAAGACAACGGUAUAGAACCAUUCGUAACCCUGUACCACAAUGACCUUCCAGAGCAACUACAGAGAUAUGGUGGAUGGCUUAAUCCACGUAUCGUCACUGAUUUUGCAAAUUUCGCGAAAAUCUGCUUUCAAGAGUUUGGCAAUGAUGUGAAAAAUUGGAUAACCAUCAACGAACCGUGGGGGACAGCGGCACUGGGUUAUGGGAAAGCUAUGGGCGCCCCAGGUGUAUGGGGACCGGGUACCAAUACGUAUAUUGCUGGUCACAAUCUCAUCAAAGCACACGUUGCAGCUUACAGACUUUACCAAAAUGAAUUUAAAACAAGCCAAGGAGGUCAAGUUGGAAUUACCUUGAAUUGUAACUGGUUUGAACCCAAAGAUCCAAAGAGUGGGCUGGACGUGGCUGCCCAAGAACGAGGUAUAGAGUUCCUGUUAGGAUGGUUUGCUAAUGCUAUAUUAGUGAAUGGUGACUAUCCACAGAUUAUGAAGGAUUUAAUAUUGAACAAAACACACCAACUUUCACCAGGUCAACCUUCACGAUUGCCUACAUUUACUGAACCUGAGAAGGCCGAUAAUAAAGAUUCGGCUGAUUUCCUGGGAUUGAAUUUUUACUCUUCGUGGUUGGUAACUUCUAAAGUACAAGAGUGUAAUCCACCAACAUAUGAUUGUGAUAGUGAUACUGUAACCGUUCCUGACACUACUUAUUAUGGACAAGCAGCACCGAGUGGAUUAAGGAAGAUGUUAAACUGGAUAAAGAAGAAGUACAAUAAUAUCAAUGUCUAUAUAACAGAGAACGGGGCCUCUGAUACCACUGGAACGAUACAAGAUGAAUAUAGAAUUGGAUAUAUGAGAAAUUAUACUAACGAGGCGUUGAAGGCUAUAACUUUAGAUAGUUGUAAUCUCAAAGGAUACAUGGUAUGGUCAUUAAUGGAUAAUUUUGAAUGGACCAGUGGUUUUAGCGUAAAAUAUGGUUUGUAUCAUGUUGAUUUCACUAAUCCCGAUAGACCAAGAUCAGCCAAAUCAUCUGUAACAUUCUAUAAGAAGUUGAUAGCAGAUAAUGGGUACAGUGCUGGUUACAACAUGGAAGGUGGCCGUUCUUCUGGAACUGUACCAUUCGAAGAUCAGUUUGAUAUAUAUUAUGGUGAUUUUCCCACGGAUUUUAAAUGGGGUGUAAAAAGUUUUAUUUAUAAAAAUUUUCAGAAGAGCUGGAAACCUGAAGAUGGAGAACUCCUCAAAACUUUAGGCGUUAAGCAAUAUCAAAUGGCAUUAUUCUGGGAAAGUAUAUUUUCUGAUGGUACCAAGGCAUCUUAUAAUAAAACGGCAAUGGAAUACUAUAAAAAUGUAAUCAGCGAACUAAAGAAGAACAACAUAGAACCAGUGGUAGUUUUAUAUUCUGGUAGGACACCAUUGGCUCUAGGUGUUAAUCCAUGGCUCAGUACGUCUACCAUUGACCAUUUUGUUGACUAUGCUGAUAUUUGCUUUAAAAAUCUUGGAGAUAUGGUAAAGAUGUGGAUAACAUUUGAAGAUCCAUUAUAUACUGCAUCCGAGGUGAAUGGUGAACAUAAAGAUACAUACCCUUAUAUUAAUGGUCGAAAUUUAUUAUUAGCCCACGCUCGUGUUUACAAACUCUAUACAGAUUCAUAUAAAGCGACACAAAAAGGAAAAGUUGGCAUUGAGAUAGACUUUGCAUGGGCUGAACCUUCUAAACCACAAGAAAGCAGAAAUGUAGAACUGGCUGAACGAUAUAUGCAGAUGAGAAAUGGUUGGUUUGCUUCUCCCAUCUUCGGUACUGGAGACUACCCUGAAAUCAUGAAACACCAAAUGGAAUUUGUAAACAGAUUCCAAAAACUAGAAAAUAGCCGACUUCCGGAAUUAACUUCAGCAGAUCAACAACUUAUCAAAGGCAGCUCUGAUUUUCUAAAAGUAAAGUAUAUAGAAACUGUGUUACUUGAUGGCUUUAAAGUUGUAAGAAAACCAUACAACAUUACGAAUGAUCGGAUGGUAGAAACAAGCUUUGAUCCUUCAUGGUUGAGCACUGGUGUUAGUCGUGUUAAAGUCGCACCAUUUGCUAUUCGGAAGACGCUGAAUUGGAUCAAGAAUGAGUAUAAAAACCCUCCUGUUUACGUCAUAUCCGGUAUAUAUGAUACAAAUGGAACAAUUCAUGAUGAUCACAGAAUACAUUAUUAUAGAACAUACAUCAAUAAUGUUUUGAAAGCUACUAAUCUGGAUGGCUGUAACGUGAAAGGCUUUUCAGCCUACUUACAUUUAGAUGGGUAUGACGAAACUAAUAGAAUUUUCAGAAAAUCCGGUCUUUAUCGUAUUAAUGUAUCUGGAAGACGUGUUCCAAAAUCUUCAGCUAAUUGGUAUGCUUUGUUGACCCAUGACAAUGGCUUCAAACCUGGUUACAAUUCGAUGGGUGGACGUGGAACGGCUCCAGCUUAUACCACUCAAUUUCUGUACGAUACAUUUCCAAAAGACUUCAUCUUUAGUGUCGCAACAGCAGCUACACAGAUUGAAGGAGCCUGGGACGAAGAUGGAAAAGGAAAGAGUAUAUGGGAUGUGUUUGCAGAAGGUGGUAAUUGUAAAGAUGGAGCUACACCAAAGAAAGCUUGUGACAGUUAUCAUAGAUACAAAGAGGAUGUUCAAAUGGUGAAAGAUCUCGGGGUACAAGCAUAUCGGUUUUCAAUCGCAUGGACUCGAAUAAUGCCUGAUGGUACGAUGGCGAGUAAAAACCAGAAAGGAAUAGAUUAUUACAACAAUCUGAUCAAUGAAUUAAUAGCCAAUGGUAUAAAACCAAUGGUGACAAUAUAUCAUUGGGAUUUACCACAAGCGUUACAAAACCAUGGUGGCUGGUUAAACGAAUCUAUCAUUCAAAAAUAUCAAGAUUAUGCUGGUUUGCUGUUUUCCUUAUAUGGUGAUAGGGUUGAUACAUGGAUUACAUUAAACGAACCGUGGGUAUUUACGUAUAAAGGAUAUGGUGGUGGUUCUUUCGCGCCUGGUAUAAAAGAUAGUCCGGGUGUCUAUCCUUACAUUGUCGCUCAUAAUGCUAUUAGAGCUCAUGCUGCCGCCUAUCAUCAGUAUCACGAUGUUUAUAAAGGAUCUGGAAAAAUUGGCAUCACAUUGAAUAUUGAUUGGCAAGAACCAAAAGACAGUGAGAAUGCUGAUGAUGUCCAAGCAUCAGAUUGGGCGCUUCAGACAUUCCUUGGUUGGUUUGCUCACCCAAUAUAUGUGAACGGAGACUAUCCAGAAUACAUGAAGACUAGGAUUGCAGCAGUCAGUGCACAACAAGGAUUAAGCAAAUCUCGGUUGCCCGAAUUUACACCAGAUGAAAUGAGAGUUAUAAGUGGCUCGUCUGACUUUUUCGGGUUGAAUUCCUAUUCUACGAACCUUGUAGAGAAGCAAGACCCUCUAAAAGCAGGAAAAGAAAAACCUAGUUACAUGAAUGAUAGAGGAAUAUCUUCAGGGUUCGACCCGUCGUGGGAAAACACUGGGUCAGAUUGGCUGAAACCUGUACCAUAUGGAUUAAGGAAGAUAUUAAACUGGAUUAAAAAUCACUAUGGUAAUCCUGAAAUACUGAUCACUGAGAAUGGUGUAUCUGAUAAUACUGGUGAUUUGGAUGAUAGCUUUAGAACUCGAUAUAUUGGGAACUAUGUCAACGAAGUUUUAAAAGCCAUUAAAUUUGACAAUGUAAAUGUCAUUGGUUACACUCUGUGGUCUUUGAUGGAUAAUUUUGAGUGGGCCAGAGGUUAUAGUGAAAAGUUUGGUCUGUACAAUGCUGGGCCACAAUCACCGAAAAGAGAACCUAAGUCUUCAGCAACAUAUUAUGCUGCUUUGAUAAAAGACCAUGGUUUCGUGAAAGAUGCUCUUACUGAUUUGCACCCAGCGUCAGAGGAAACCGAACUUUCAUCUUUAAAAUUUCCAGACAAAUUUUCGUGGGGUUCCUCGGUUGUUGGUUAUGGUGAAUCUCCAGAAAUGCGAGAUCUCUUUGGCCAAAGUAACAGUACUGUGGAUCUAAUGAUACAAGCUAAAAGCCUUACUCAUGGAGAGUUCUCCGCUUAUGGAAUAGAUGACUUAAUAGAUAUGCAGAAAUUUAUAAAGAUAAAUGCAACUCAUGCAUAUAUGUCACUGAAGUGGUCAAUGAUAUUACCCAAUAUUACGGCAGACCAAGUUAAUAAAGAUGGUGUUGAUUACGUCAAGUCCUUGUUAAGCGAAUUGAGUGAGAAGGAAGGUUAUGCUAUAGAUCCCAUUGUUUCACUGUAUUGGUGGAAUCUACCUGCAGAUCUUGAAACAAAAUAUGGAGGAUGGUUGAAUGAAAGCACCAUAGAUCUAUUUGUUGACUAUGCCAGAAUAUGCUUUAAGAAUUUUGGCCAUGAGGUAAAAUAUUGGAUAACUUUUGACGAACCAGCAGACGCAGCCUUGAAUGCAUAUGAACGUGGAGUAUACUAUCCUUUGAAGACCAAAUCAACAGAUGAACUAUACAGAGCAGUGCAUAAUAUAAUAAAGGCUCACGUCCGUGUAUAUCACAUGUAUCAACGAGAAUUCAAACAUGAACAAAAAGGUAGUGUUGGUAUUGCUUUGAAUGGUGAUUGGUUUGAACCCUAUAAUAAUUACGACCCUGCUGAUUACCAGGCAGCAUUGAGAGCCAGAGAGUUUCAGUUUGGUUGGAUUGGUGACCCUCUAUUAAAAAGAGGCGACUACCCGAAGACAAUGAAAGAAAGAAUUGGAUCUCGCCUACCAAUUUUCUCUCCAGAAGAACAAGAACUCAAUAAAGGAGCAUAUGACUUCAUAGGGUUGGCUCACUACGCUGUUUAUAAAGUACAAGGAAUAAAAGAUAGCGGUGAAGAUACAUCAUUUGACAGCGAUAGAAUGGGUAAAAUAAUGAAGAAUGAUUAUAACAGCGAAAACUAUAAACCUUGGUAUAUCAGACGGUCACUGCAAGAAGUAAAGAAGAGAUUUGGUAAAGUUCCAAUAUUCAUAUCAGGAAACAGUAUCUCCGAUUCAUACGAUAGAAUUGAAUAUAUUAAAGCAAGUGUCAACAGUAUACUAGAAGCUAUAAGAAUCGAUGGAUGUGACGUCAAAGGCUAUACAUAUUCUCCUCUGGUUGACGGAACCAUAUGGAAAAGAUACAUGUACAAACACCAAGGAUUAUACCAGCUUGCAGGGAAAUAUAGUUUCAAACGACCAAAGGCUGCAGCUUCUUAUAUGCGACUUCUAGCAUCCAACAAUGGAUUCCCUCCAGUACAAGAAAACACAAAAACAACCAAAGUAAUGGAGCCAUCAAUUAUAUGUGUCUCGCGCAGUGCGUCACCAACGAUGCACUUUAACUUUACAUUUGUAUUCACUGUGAUAUUUGUUUUAAUAAUUGAUUGUCUGUAAAUUUAACUUGUAUAAUGCCGCCGUUUUCGUUACCACUGGAAAGUACAAAGUUAUCCAUGGGAUUUAUUGGUACUAAAAUUAUUGGACAGGUGCGGCAUUUUGGGGGGUUGAUUUGAGUGUUUAUUAUAUGUAAAUAGUCUUCAGAAAUACUAGAAAAUGUACAAAAAAUCACACAAUUCCUUUAGAAAUACUUCAAACUAGGAAUUUUACCCACUAUUUCUAUUUAUGUCUUUUUAUAUAUCACAUUGUAUCGUAAAUUUUAACAUUCCAACGAAGAUGGUAAAACAUGGAUUUGAACACUAUGACUAAUUAGCUCAGCUAAACAAUUCCAGUUUCCGAGACUGAAAACAUGGCCUAUCUGUCCCUUUAACACGUAUUCUUAUAUCCAUCUCAAAAAUUCUGAAAUGCGCUUGUUUUUGAAAAAUAACUUUUCUUUUAAUGCUAUUUUGCACGGGUGAUUCAGAUCGGCUGUCACUAUGCUAUGAUUCGGAUUGCUUCAAGUUCAAACUGAGUUUCUCGUAAGGAUAUGCAACAUACAAUGCUAUACAUCAUUUUCGUUGUUUUGAAUACUAUAUCCUCUGAAACUCACCACUUUCCAUUUAUCCGUGGGCUAACGAAUAUAGCAUAAUGAUGAUUGAAACAGAUGUCACCACAAAGUCAUCCCUGUUGUGAUUGAUGUACAAAAGAAUGGUCACAUGACUAUCAAUAUAUGAUAUAAGCUUUUAUUUAUUGAAGUUAUAUUUAUUUUAUAUGUAAUGUAAUGGAUGACAAUACAACACACACGCUUUUU